UAGCAACUCAAUGUUGCCUUUAUCACUUCUCGACUGUAACUGGAAUCGUACGUUGAAUUAAAUGAGACAAGCAUAUUCAGUACACCAUUUCAAAUAAUGGCCAGGCUUAUUAAUAUGAAUAUGGCAUGCUGUCAUCAAAAUACACAAAGGACCGAGAAUUGUGGAUAUUUUUACAGUAUAUUUCUUGCAACGGUGAAAUUGGGCGGUUUUGGGGGCGGAUCUGUAUCCUGCAGUGCCUCGCUUUGUUACAAUGGUGAGGACAGCAUUUGUUCAAAUGACAACCAGUGGGCCGAAUAGUUUGGUUACAAACUGGCAUUUUUGCAACAAAACCGGUCUACGCACUUCCUCCUUGCUCGAGUGAAUGGCAACUGGCAUAAAUCACCCAUGGGAAAUGCUGAUUGUCAAGGCCACCGCCGCAAUGCUGAGCUUCCAAGUCGGUCGCAGGCGGGGCUCAGAUGGCGUGACCGUGGUGAUGGACUUCCUGCUGGCCAACGCCCGUCUGGUGCUGGGCGUCGGGGGUGCCGCACUGCUCGGCAUCGCCACGCUGGCCGUCAAGCGGCUGAUCGAGCGGGCGGGCCGCGCCGCCGAGGAGGAGAAGGUGGAGCAGAAGAUGGCGGAGAGCUGGGAGGAACUGAGCAAGAAGAGUCUGGAGGGAGUGGUCGUGCAGCACGUCGCCAAGGCCCGGGAAAAUAAAAAAACGCGCAAAGCCGACCUUUGUGAACCAACGGAGGAGUCGCCAGCCCUCCCGGAGAAACGUGGCCGCACCCUGCAGGAACUGCUGCUUCAGUUCUACCACAGCCGGGCGGCACUUUCCCCGCCGGAGGUCCAGCGAGCUCAGUGCCGCGCUCUGGACAUCUGCACGGAAAUCCAAGGCUUCCUUCGCGCUCGUCAUCCCGACAUGCCGCUGGGCGAGAUGAGCCUCGGGGGGUCUCUGCUGGACGACCUGCAGGUGGUGAGCGCCGACCACGCGUGCCUGCUGGUUCCUCUGGAGCUGGAGCCGGACCUGUGGCGUCUCAUCCCGGGGGAGGAGACGCUCCUCACGCACCCCCUGCACUGGAUGGUCAGACGACUCAACGUGGAAUAUUUCCCCCGAGGACGCAGCUACUGGGACAGGCAUCUGGUGGGCGGCUACUUGUCAGCAGAGUCUGUGGUGAACAUGUUGAGCAAAGUACUGAUGGAAACCAUCAACUGGCCGUCCAUCAGCAGCACGCUGGACUGCCUGGUCAGACCCGUGCUGGGAGGGCCGCGCCUCGAACUGGAGAUCCGAUGUCCUAACGAAGCCGACGACGUCGCGGCCGACUGCCCCCUCUUCAUUUCCAUCCUCCCGUUGCUGCGCGAGGGCGACGUGGUCCUGUCGGCCCAGCCCGAGCUGACCUCCCCGUGGGUCAACGCCUGGCACCUGCCGCUGUACCCGCGCGAGACCCAGCUCCUGGCCCGGCUGGACUCGCAGGACCUGGGCUGUCGCAGGAUGACGCUGAAGCUCCUGAAGGCGGCGUUCCGCCUCAACCCGGCCCUGCGACCGCUGGACUCGGCCGCCCUGGCCAACCUGCUGCUGCGCCUGAGCCGGCGCCAGGAGGACUGGAGCCGGGACAGCCUGCACCUGAGAUUCCGCCAGUGCAUCACCGAGAUGAUCGGUCACCUGGAGGCGGGGGUGCUGAGCAGCUACUUCAAGCCGGUCGUCAAUCUGCUGAGCGGACUGACGGACGAGCAAGUGGACCGCAUGGGAUUCAUGCUCUACUGUGCCGUCUCGGAACCGGAAAUUCUUCUCAUAUGACGCGAGGAUGGUUAUUUUCUGUUGUGCUGCUUCUCAUUCAGGUAUCUUAUCCCCCACCCCCAAAAAAAACAAGGACAGUGAACACCCACUAUUAAUCCUAGGGACGAGUCGGUGGUAAUGGGCCUAUACCGGCCUUAUUUCAAAAGUAUUGAGUACUUUUGAAGGCUGCCGAUACUAACCACCAGUACUGUUGCGUGAAAAAUAAUCCGUCAUCAAGUAAGUACUCCUUGCCAGUAGUUGGCGCCGUAUCGUGGCAGUUUGACACGUGCGCAAAUUGAAUUUUUGUUUGUCAAAAGUAGGAGUGCUACUGGUACUCAGUCGGUGAGUACGCAAAGAGUAACUAUUCGUACGGGUAUCGAUCGGAAAUAAAGUGGUAUGCUCCAACUCAAAUAGUAACUCAUUUGAAUUUUGAUUGACAAAUAAAAUGACUUAUUUGCUUGGAUUUUUACUUAAAAGGAUACAUUUUUUUAAUUUUGUUUUUUUAUAGUCAUCGAAUAACAUUGAACUUGUAAAUUGAAUAAUUAAUUGACAUUUAAAAAUAAGAUGAAAUUUAUCUUUUAAUAAAUUGUCAUUUGAUGAAAUUCUAUCAAAAAAUUAACAUUAACGGCAAAUGUAUUGGUUCCAUUUCUAAAUGUCAUUAAAUGACUUAAUUACAUAUUUCAGAAUGUCAAACAAAUAUAGAUGGAAAUAAAAAUGUAAAAUAUUGACAAAUCCAUUCAAUUAUAAUUAACAUUUUAAAGCUACAAAGUCCUAGUCAAGUGCAAAAAAAAAGUUAAUAAUCCACCUUAAAAUUAUGCCCACCCAAAAAGUUUUGUAAUCACCUAUAGGAUGGCCCCAAAACACUUUUUUUUUUUUUUUUUGUGUGUAGACAAGGCUAUGGCCUGACUAAAUGAAGCUCCUCCCCUCAGUGCAACGUAGGCACCAAGAUGGCACCCGAUGGCACCAAAGCAAUUUUCUUUUUAUUAGACGUCUUUGGCCUGACCACAAUAAGUGCGAAUGUAUAUUUUUUUCCCCCCGCAAAUGGAAUCUCUUCCCCCGAUCAAAUUUACAUUCAUCUGAAUAAAAUAUGCUUGGGGUUCACUGUGACUGGUGCCCCCCGCCCCAAAGGAAAUGUAUAAUUGCCUAGUUAUAACUACCUAGUUGGUUUAGUUUUAACGGUUAAUGUAGCAUUCUCUUGCAUAUUCGCAAUUUGCUACUUAUGUAUUCACCUACUCGCUGAUACAUAUUUUUUUUCUUUGCGGUGGGUGUGUGUGUGUGGGGGGGGGUCCUCAACUAUCUGAAAAGCUCCCCUUUUUGCGGUUUUGUGGACUGAUGCCGAAUUCAGGAUGUGCCAGAUUAAAAAAAAAUAAUAAUAACAGCACAUACACUUGAAGAUGGGGCUCAAUGUCAAUUGAGGACAAUUGCUAUUGCCUCAUUUACAUUGAUAUGUAUCUAUAUGAAUUAUGCAGUGUGGCUGGAUUCUUAAGUGCAGUGACGACAUGCAUUUGUUUUAUACAAGAGGUUCAAGGAUGUUAAAGUCCAAGUUUUUAUUCUUUUAAUCUCAGUAUGAGUGUUGGGACUAUUUGGUUUAGUUUUCAUGCUGAGUGAAAGAUUUUACAUGAAGAUUAUUAUAUUAAAGCACCUGUUAUAACUGAAGAAUC